AAGAGUGAGACUCUGUCUCAAAAACAACAACAACAAAAAACCCCAAAAGGGUUUAUUUUUAACUGAAGAUUAAAAAUGUUGGUGGGGAGUAUAAUGUAGAAUAUUUUCAAGCUUGUCUUAAACUCCACUGCAGAGAUAAUUUAAGAGAUUCUGCAUUGUUUAAAUUGAUUUGUGGAAUAGUACAAGUUUUAAUUUUUUCUCCUAUUUUCUUGGACAUAAAAGUUGUCUAAUUAGUGUUGUUUGAACUAACCAUACCUCAUCUAUUCAAGACAGUCUAAUUAUUGUCUUAUUAGUAAGAUGACCUCCUUAAAAGAAGAUGUGAGGCGCAGUGCCAUGCUGUGUAUUCUCACAGUCCCUGCUACAAUGACCAGUCAUGACCUUAUGAAGUUUGUCGCCCCAUUUAAUGAAGUAAUUGAACAAAUGAAAAUCAUCAGAGACUCUACUCCAAAUCAAUAUAUGGUGCUGAUAAAGUUUAGUGCACAGGCUGAUGCAGAUAGUUUUUAUAUAGCAUGCAAUGGCCGCCAGUUCAACUCGAUAGAAGAUGAUGUUUGCCAGCUGGUCUAUGUGGAAAGGGCUGAAGUGCUGAAAUCUGAAGAUGGUGCCAGCCUCCCAGUGAUGGACCUGACUGAGCUCCCCAAGUGCACGGUAUGUCUGGAGCGCAUGGAUGAGUCCGUGAAUGGCAUUCUCACCACCUUAUGCAACCACAGCUUCCACAGCCAGUGUCUACAGCGCUGGGACGACACGACGUGUCCCGUUUGCCGGUACUGUCAAACACCAGAGCCAGUAGAAGAAAAUAAGUGUUUUGAGUGUGGUGUUCAGGAAAACCUUUGGAUUUGUUUAAUAUGCGGCCACAUAGGCUGUGGACGAUACGUAAGUCGACAUGCUUAUAAGCACUUUGAGGAAACGCAGCACACCUACGCCAUGCAGCUCACCAACCAUCGGGUCUGGGACUAUGCUGGAGAUAAUUAUGUCCAUCGACUGGUUGCAAGUAAAACAGAUGGAAAAAUAGUACAGUAUGAAUGUGAGGGUGACACCUGCCAGGAAGAGAAAAUAGAUGCCUUACAAUUAGAGUAUUCAUAUUUACUAACAAGCCAGCUGGAAUCUCAGCGAAUCUACUGGGAAAACAAGAUAGUUCGGAUAGAGAAGGACACAGCAGAGGAAAUUAACAACAUGAAGACCAAAUUUAAAGAAACAAUUGAGAAAUGUGAUAAUCUGGAGCACAGAUUAAAUGAUCUUCUAAAAGAAAAGCAGUCUGUGGAAAGAAAGUGCACUCAGCUAAACACAAAAGUGGCCAAACUCACCACUGAGCUUAAAGAGGAGCAGGAAAUGAACAAGUGUUUGCGAGCCAACCAAGUCCUCCUGCAGAACAAGCUGAAGGAGGAGGAGAGGCUGUUGAAGGAGACCUGUGACCAAAAAGAUUUGCAGAUCACCGAGAUCCAGGAACAGCUGCGAGACGUCAUGUUCUACCUGGAGACGCAGCAAAAGAUCAACCACCUGCCUGCUGAGACUCGGCAGAGAUCCAGGAGGGACAGAUCAACAUCGCCAUGGCCUCAGCUCCAAGCCCCCCUUCUUCAGGGGGCAGUGGGAAGCUGCCCUCCAGGAAGGGCCGCAGCAAGAGGGGCAAGUGACCUUCAGAGAAACAGACAUCCCCGAGACUGUUCCCCUUGGCACAGCGCGGGUGUGCUGGGACCUUCAGCUAAUGUGAGGGUGGCCCUAAUAACUCCAAGUGAGGAUCAAGCCGCAGUCUUUGGCUCUUUCAUUUGCUGGUGUGUGGUGUAGUGAAUGUAGAGAGAGGGUGCUGACGGGACAGCGGAGGGAAGGGGCAGUGUUUGCAAAGGUGGUAACAGGUCACCGAGCGCAGACAUUCUAAUGACCGUUUUGCCUUUCUGCUUGGUAGAUGCCCCAACUCUGCUAUGCAUUUUUCCGUUAUAUUUAUGGAGUUGGUGUAUUUGACAUUCAGUUCUGGGGUAGGUUUAAGACGUUAAAAUUUUUUUUUUUGUUACCUUAAAGGUAACAGUUACCUAGCACUAAAGCACCAAACCUCCCUCAGGUCGGAGCAGCUGCUUUAAAGAGAGGUUCCCAUUGGCUAUUGAGGAGUUAGGAAAAUUCCCUAGUAUUAGUCUCAUAUCACUGUGGUCCCUCCCUUCCUCUGGGGAAUUGAAGAAUUGUUUGAACGUUGUAUGAAAAGAGGCUGGGUUGUAAACCAGGCGCUGGCUUGUCACCAGCAGUCAUCUCUUCUUGCUGUGGGGCUAGCCAGGAAAAACAAGCCGGGGCAUAUUGGGUAGCCCCAGUGUAGGAAAAAUGGUGGCAGUUCCACUGUUUAUUUUUGGUGACUCUGUACGUCAUUGUGAACCUCAAAUAAGAAGGAGGCUUAAUAGCUGCUCCAAGACUCAAAUCUCAGAGUGGAUUUCCUAGAGUCUAGCAAAAGUAAGCAGGGAGAUUUAUCAUCCAUGUGAAAAUAUAGACUGAGGCCUCUGACUAGCUAAUUGUGUAUUUUGCUGGGUUCGGUAUUUUCUAAAUGUUUACAAAAGAUUGGGCUGCAUGUUCAGGUUGCAGCUAGAGGGAGCUUGGGCAGAUUUUCAAUUAUGCUUUCAAGAUAUAACCAAAGGCUGUUUCUAAAUCCUAAAAUUAGAAUUUCAACAGAGCCCCCUUUAAGACAGUCUUGUAAUGCUUGUUGUGGGCCAACAGAGGGGCCGUGUACUUUCUCUAGAACCAUAAACGUCACAUAAUUCAUAACAUGCGGUAAUUGAGCAAACCUAAUGUGAGACCCAUGUUGAAAUUUAGCUUCCAGAAGAGGUAGAUAGGCAUUAUAAUAAGAUAUACUGUUAAAUUGUGGGGUUUUAUUUUUUGCUUUAUAAUUAGCCAAAGGUUUCAAAUUAUUUCAAUUUUGGAAUUGUUUUUUAGCCUGUGGUUGGGCCUCAUCCCCUUUGCCCUACAUGUCUUAUAUGUUACCUAUGUUAACAUACCAACUGUAUCACCAUCCAUUUUUGUGGGACGUGCUACAGCACUUCCCAAAACACCUACCUGUAACUUUGCAAAAUGAAUGUACUCAAACAUUCUUCAUUUUUACGUAGGGCAGACCAACUCUCUAAGUUCUCCUUGGACUUACAUAUACAGAUAUCUUAAAGCAAGAGUGGGAAUGUAAAGCAUAACCUAAUUCUCUUUCCUAUAGAGAUUCUAUUUUAUUUAAAAUCUAUUUUUACACUAGUUAGAAUCCUGCUAUUUCGGCCAAGUAUUUGUCUUGCAUGUCUGACCUUGCAGAAGCUGGGGUGGAUCGCAGCAUACUAAUGAAGAGAAUUACAAGCAGUUUACAGUGCUCGCUCGCUCCUUGUUUCUCUCUGAUCGCCUCCACCAAGGAGCCCUCCCGCCCACUAGGAGAACAGAUUUUUUCAGCACAGGUGGGAUAAAUGCUCUGAAAGGCUGUGCCCAGGGGAAUGAGCAAAGAGUCAAAUGUUUCCAAACUACUUGAAGGUUUAAGAAAUAUGUUCCAGGAAAAAAAAAUCUUAUCAAAAUAUGUAAAGAAAAUUUUUUUAAAAAAUGGUCAAAGAGUCAUGUUUGAAUUCGACAAAAUUACAUUAGCUAGAAGCUGUUAGUGUUUUCUUCAGGAUAGAAAUGAACCACUUACUAUACCAUACUACCUUGAACAAUGAAAUUAAAAUAGCCAAACUUUCAAAUUA